CAUUUGUGUGGUGGUUCGCUGGUGAAGGGUUGCGGCGGUGGAGGCGGUGGCGGACUCAGACUGAGGGAGAGAGAAGGAGCGGUGCAACAACCACAAACGGUUGGCAGUAUUGCAUUUAAUCGUUUCUCUCUCUCUCUCUCUCUCUCUCUUUCUUUCUCAGCUUUUCCUGUGUCCGAGACAUCGGUGACUAGUGGCCCCCCUUGGGACAUUCUCCAUUUCGCCCAUCCUCGAUCCGCUUUCUCUUCGAUUUUCCAGGCUAAACUUCGUGUUUUCCCAGAAAUUUGGCUCUUUCUUUUGAACGGUUAGUUCAAUGGUGAUAUCAUUCAAGAGCAUUGUUCGUGAGAUUAAGGAAAUGAAGGGUGGAAUCUGUGGUGUAUCAAAGAAAGGUUCAGAUUUGAAGCAUCUACAUCGCCAAUCGCAUAUUGUUCCCGAAGCCUCUAUGGUAUUCGUUGAUCAGGUUCGUUGGGCAGACUUGCCACCUGAAUUGCUUUCCGAUAUAAUUAGGCGAGUAGAAGCUAGCGAAGCGUCCUGGCCUGCUAGGAGAAAUGCUAUUGCUUGUGCUUCGGUUUGUAGGUCAUGGAGGGAGCUCACAAAAGAGAUAGUUAAGACUCCAGAGCAAUGUGGGUUGCUAACUUUCCCCAUCUCUCUCAAGCAGCCUGGAUCUAGAGAUGCCCCGAUUCAAUGCUUUAUUAGGAGGGAAAGGGAGACCUCAACGUAUCGAUUGUAUCUUGGCUUGAGUCCUGCUUUGUCAGGCAAUUCAACUAAAAUGUUGUUGGCAGCAAAAAAGAUCCGAAAGACCACAAAGAAUGAAUUCCUGAUAUCUUUAAAUGGAGAUGAUUUCUCUAGAUCAAGUAACAACUUUGUUGGAAAACUGAGGUCUAAUUUCCUGGGGACCAAAUUCACCAUGUACGAAACUGCAACUGAGUCCAGUUUCCUGUUGCAUCGAAGAAUACACAUGAAGCGAGUAGCCACCAUUGCUUAUGAGCUCAAUGUACUCCGUACUAGAGGCCCGAGGAAAAUGCAUUGCAUCAUGAAUUCAAUCCCGAUGUCUGCCAUUGAGGAAGGGGGAACAGCUCCCACUCCAACGGACUUCACAAAUUGCUCUGAUAGGCGUUUUUCUCCAUCAUCUGAUUCAAAUGUAAAGAAAUCAUCUUUCAGAUUCAGCUCUCCUUGCUCUGCCGAGCCUAUGGAGUCAAGUCGUGAUGCAAGUGGUCCAUUGGUUUUGAAAAAUAAAGCUCCCAGAUGGCAUGAACAGCUACAAUGUUGGUGCCUAAAUUUUAAAGGACGGGUUACAGUAGCCUCUGUAAAAAAUUUCCAGCUGGUAGCAGCUGCAGAGCCAGGCCAAAACGUUCCUGCAGCAGAACAAGAAAAAGUGAUUCUUCAAUUUGGAAAGAUUGGGAAAGACAUUUUCACAGUGGAUUAUUGCUAUCCCCUUUCGGCCUUCCAAGCCUUUGCAAUCUGCUUAAGCGGCUUUGACACAAAACCAGUUUGUGAAUAACACUUCUCUUCUUCCCCAUGUAGGUGAGACAAUGCCUUUGUGCUGUCCCCUACCGAUUUGUUUGUACACAUGGAAAUUGAUUUAGUCUUUGCCUAUUUUCAUCUGCAACUACCUUUGUUUGUCUGCUUACAUUUUUAAUAACACAACCAGAAAGUAGUAAGAAGGCAGUCUCAUAAUUUAUAUAUUUCCAGCAGUAUUCCUUCUGAGUAGGGAGCUUCAUCACGUCAUGUGAAUUUUGUCCUUGGUUUUAGAAAAUUGCAAUUGACAUGAUAGACAACAAGCAGUGGUGUAUGUUCUUUUGUACGAAAUAUCAUCUUUAGUACUUUGAUUUAUUGUA